GUUACUGUUGAAAAAUCUGCUGGCUUGGACUCAGUUCACUCCUGAGAUUGAUGAAGUGACUUUACCUGCUACUGAAGGGUUUCAUCUGCUUACUGCUUCCCCAGCAUGUCUACUAAAAACAGUCAGGCAUCAGGAAAGUCAUCACCUCUCCUUCCAACCACUUUUCCACAACCCACACAGAUCUUCUCCUCAGAGAAAGAGUAUACUACGGGAGAGGAGAAGCGUCCACAGGAAAAUGACGGUCUGAGAGAGAAAAGGUAUCUAGAGGAAGAUGACUAUCUGGAGAAGGAAAAGUAUCUAGAGGAAGAUGACUAUCUGGAGAAAAUGUAUCAGAAAGGAAAGGAGUCUCUGAAGGAACGGGAGUCUCUGAAGGAGAAAAAGUAUCUACAGAAGGAAAAAGAUUAUUGGAAUGAAGAAGACUAUCUGGAAAAGGAACUCAACGUGAUUUAUCCAUCGCACACCCCGCCUAAUCUUAAUGAGAGAAGUCCAGCUGCUGGCGUCUCUCAGGUGAACACCUUCUUCACCGUCACUCCUCCCACCUUUGAACCUGCCAGCAAGUCUCCUCACUCUGCCAGGGAGCCUUCUGUAGGCUUCAAGAAGGAUUCUAGAAGAUCUGUGCCCUGGCGAGACCGGGGCACGCAGACAGAAAGCACCUAUGAGAACCAGGAACCUUCAACAUCAAAACCAAAAACAGAGCAAGAAGCCUCAACAAUAGUACACACCUCAAAGUUGGAUUCAGAAGCACAUGAAGUGCCACAAGAGGAAGAAACUGCCACGAAGUCGGUCCCUCCGGAAAGCUUCUAUGAUACUAUAUUAAAUGAGCACCCUGACUUACUGGAUGACGUGGACCUCGAUGACAGUCUUUUUAAGAGCUCCUAUCACACAGUAUUUCAGACCGUGAUCAAAGAACAGGCUGCUCAUAAUGAACUGGAGGAAGAUACCGACAUUCCCCUGACGGGCCAACUGGAAAGUGAAACCAGAAGGAAACUGAGAAUUCUGUUGAAGACAAACAUUGAAAAGUACAAGGAAGUAAUUCACUGGAUUAUGGAGAAACGUGGAAACGUAUACCACAUCAGAGAUUCAGAUGCGGUUACUCACACAUUUCAUUUAUUGAGCCAAUCACCACCAAUUGAGCCCAAGACAGAAGAAGUAAAAAAACCUCGUCGUAUUCGUCGUAAGAAGAAAUUAGAUACAGAAAUAGAUACAGAGUGGGUAAAGAGCAACGCUAAGGUGUAUCAAGAUGACGUAAAAUUAAUCCUCUACCCCAACGAGAAUAUCUUCCGCAUUCUCUUUUCUGAUGAAUCAGGCCAGAUAUAUUACCCAUCGGGACACCUGGCUGUGCUCUUCUUCUGGAUGCAACAGGGCCAGUUCACAUAUAUCAUCCUGGACGACCGUGAGGAAGUGCGUGUUCGGGCCCUCAUCAACAACACUGGCCAUGCCACCGUCUAUGACGAAAACAGAGAAAUCUGGUUGUGCCUGAGCCAAAACCUGGGCUACUACUUUGCCAAAGACACAUCCCAGAAGGCCUGGAACUGGUGGAACCUGAACCUGCACGUGCACGCGCCCCCUGUCCGAUCUAUCUCCUUAGACAUCAACCAGUACAUCAAGGUACAGGUCAAGAGCCAAGAUGAGAUCAUCUUCUCCUUCGUCCACCAGACAAACCGCAUUUCCUUAAACCUGGGCACCAAGUACAGGUUCAUCAACCCGGAGAAGCUGAGUGAAAUGAAGAUGAAAGCAAUCCUGGAGGUGGAAAUUGAUUCAACAGCUCGGAAGAUUCAGGUCCUUCUGGGGAAAAUGAGUAGGAUCCUGAAUUUCCUGACCAUCUGUGAUUUGGAAACCUUCAUAGAGAGCACCACGAACUUCCUGCUGAGCUACAGUCAGAGGAGGAAGAGGUUUUAGGUCCAGACGAGCGCAGUCCACGCUGUCCCGGGCCUUGCAGCACCCGCUGAACGCCUCUGGAAGGGAAUGGUCAGGAGC